GCGUAGCCGCAGUGCCUGACGCGCAGGAUCAUUGGGUAAGCGCGCAGUACGCACGGAGCUAAAGUGAAUUGUGGAUUAAAAGACCAAACAACAACAAGCUUCGCGGGCGCAUGAGGCGACCCGUACACAGCCAGCCGCUUUGGGGACGCACACUCGGACAUUUAGGGUUUUACAAUGGCUGCACACUUCACCAUCUCUGACAGUGAGUCUGAGGAGGGGGUGGAGGAGACUAGACCUGCUCCAGGCUGUGUGGGCCAUGAUGGUACAGACAAAAUACAGAGAAAACACAAGCUAACAUUACCAGGGCUCCGAGAGGCAGGUGGCAGGAUCCGGCUGAGCUCAGAGUCCCAUGCUUCAGAGGAGGGCAGGACAGAGGAGGAGCUGGGCACCACCACAGAUGGUUUCCCUUUCCGGGGUCGCUCCAAGUCUGCACCCCCCGCUCUAUGGGCCGCCAAGAAAUAUGGGCAGCAGCUGCGCAGGAUGAGCGACGAAUUUGACAGCCUGCUGGAUAGAGGGGAGAUGAAGAAGGUCAAGACCAGGCCCAUCCACCACUCCAAAACCUGGUGGAGUUAUCUGUUCAGUCACCAAGAGAACGAGGGGGAGAAUAACCACCACGAGUCCCACCGCACUGAGUAGACCCCUGUCCCUGCCCGGAGUGUGUACGCUUUAGGGGCACUCACAGGGGACUUGGUGACCAUGAGAGGGGGCGGUGGGCUGGAGAAGGCAAUGAGCGAAACGAGGCGCAAACACAUGAUGUUACUAUAGCUGAAGCUUUUGUAUUGGUGUUGCUCAUGUUGUGGAUUCUUCUGGCCAGCCACUGUGAAGUAGUGAAAGUAAGACUGGCAUGUUGCUAGACUGUGGUUCAGAUGUAUUCAGUUCAGGUCCAUGGAGACUUACACCCUCAUCAACACUAUGCACUGUGCCAUAGAUGAGAGGGACACAUAUCAGAAGGCUGUAUUUGACCCUGGAAAUUAGCUUUUCUUUCAAAUCAUUUCUGCUAAUCUGAUCCUGAAAAUAGCCAGCAGACGUAUACUAACUCAUGCACUACUCUAACAUGCACACAGAGAAAACAAAGUUUCUGCCCUACUUCAAUUGCAACAGGGUUUCUAACUUAUAAAUGCGUGAAUCUAUUUAGGGUGUUUUGGGGUUUUUUAGUAGCACAAUGGGAGAAUACUGUUGGUAUUCUUGCAUUGAGUAGUGCUACAUUUGUACCAUAGACUAGACUGUAUACAUAGUGGCUAGAUUCAGCUCCAUUGACACUGGCUCCAAUCCACUUUCUAUUGAAAGAUCAUUGCCUCUUUCUGUAACUGCUGCUAUGAGCCUUGUCUGACCUUAGAUUGUUCAUAUUAACCCGCUCUACAUGAUCCUGGUGUUUUCAUUUUGCUAUUUUGUCCCUAAAUCAAGAUAUGAACAUUAAUAACAGAUAAAUUAGGGGUUUUCAGGUUCAAAUGACAGUCACGACUUGUUGCUAUCAAUAACCUUGCUCCUUAUUGGCUUUGUUUGCUGUGAAACACGCACUGUGAUUUCCAAAUAGGGAUCACUGCUCCAAAUUAUUAUUGGCUAUAACUGCUAAUCUCGAUUUGCUUCAGUUGUCUGGAGCCAAACAGUAUGGUGUCCCUGAGCUAUAUACACAUUAAGAUGUAUACAGCCUUAUCUGGUUAUGCUGGGAAAGGCAUGUGACGGGACAGGGCAAGAAACGGUGAAGACAAUCUUAUGAGUUUUACUCUUCAGAUUCAUCAUCAUCAUCAACUCCAAAAGAGUGGUUUUGAUCACGUGUAUAUUUUCCACAGUGGUCUGAACUGUUCUCUGCUUGUGUCUGGUUAUAGUCCAACUUCCCCAAAGUCAGUGUACUCUUGUGCAUAUAAACAAGGUAGUGGAGUGUGCCAAAGUGGUCAUAAGCCUUAAGCUUCUCAUAUGGAGAAAACAAGAAACAGCUAUUCCUAGGUCUUUAAAGGUACACUAUGUAACUUUUCUGAUAGCUCAGCUGCUGUCUGGUCACCAUGGAGAUGUUAUUGCUUUGCUUGGAAUGUUCCACAGCAUAAAUCUAUCUCAGAUUUGUAGAGACACGUUCACUCAGUUACAAUGCAGCUUCAAGUUUAAUGCCAUACUGUGGAAAAUUCCAGGCAAAGCAUUAGCGUCUCCAUGGAGACAAGCAGGUGGCAAAUUACCCACAAAAAAGUUUCAUAAUGCACCUUUAAAGUUAACCUUCUGCUCUGCCUCGAAAGUCACCUGCAAAACCGAAAUAGCUAACUGUAUACGCUGCCAUUACUUCUUCUGCUUUAUAUAAAACUUUAUAUCAACGGACGAACAAUCUUUUACAAGGACAAUCUCUGUUGCAGAAAUAUCUUUUGUAAUAAUUCAGGGUUAAAUUAUAUGAGCAAAUAACAAAUAACUAAAAGCACAUCUUUUUAAAGCUUUGGCAAAAAAUGGAACUGUGGAAUCUAUGUGCUUUGUAAAUAUUGUAUUUAUACUGAAAUGACUGGGAUGGGGAGUUAUUUUAGCAGUUCCUCUAUAAAUUAGUGCGCCGAGCUAGCAAUAGGCUAAGUACAAUCCACCACUAGGUUAGAUACUGAAGGACAGGUGGGGACAGGGGUAUUUGAGCCUAUUUCACCAGUCAAUGAGCAUGCAAGGAUGUUACGUGAUGUCAUAACAACUCUAAACAGGUUUGAUGAUGUCAUGGGCCUAUGCAACUCUACAGGAAAUUCACUGUUUUUGAAAGUUCUUAAAACAUAUGAUCCACAAAUGUUGAACCUUGUCAUUAUUUGUUUAGAAUCGGCUUCACAAACUUGUCAUAUUAGUUUUAUGGCUAUGGCAAAUAAUUUAGCACAGUAGGUUCAGAAAGUGUUUUCAUUACUCAUUCUGACAGAAGAUGUUCAUCUUUGUGCCAACUUUUGUUUCAUGUGGAUAGGCCCAGUAAUUAGAGAUAUUAACCAUAAACCAGGUAAACAAAUUUGCAAUCUGACAGUUAAACGGCAAAUCUGCCUGAAAAUUCUGACCUGUUCAAAGUAUCGUUAUAGAUGACAUUUUAACGACCCAUUAAUUCAAAACAUUUUGAAUUUUGUUGGCCAUAGUUCUAAUGUUCAAUCACUGAGACUCUGGAUUGGCAUUACCCAGCUAGAAUAUGAUUUUAUUACUAGGUAUAUCCACUUUACACCAGAUUUUGUCUAAAGGUAUAUUGAUACUUUGCAGUGACAUCACUGGGGUGUUUUACAUGAAUCUCUAUGGUGGAAUGUUCAGCAGUUAACAUGGUGACACAAUGCACACAUGAGCAAACACUGUCAAAGUUUUUAGAUUGACUGGUCAGAUUGAGAUUAAAGUCUAACAAGAGCAGUUCUUAUAAUUGGCAUCACACCCCCAGGGAAUGUUGACAUCAGCUGCAAAGUAUCAGUAGGCCUCAGCACUCCAUCUGAAAUGAUGACAUCAAAUUUUACAAUGUGAGCACAACCUACAAUCAAAAUGUGUACAGGAUCCUCUACAUGUAGCCUCGAUGUGGCUCAGGUGAAACAGGAUCUCAAAGUAACUUUUGUGGCCACGCUAUAAGUUAUGUGUUUUUGAAUGCAGUGAUUGGCAGCUUGUGGAGUCAUGUUUAUGCUGUGAUCAUGUGAUAGUGAAAGUUGUGCAUCUGUGAACGUUUUACUGGAGUCUGGACUCUAUGGGCUGUGGAGUUGUCACACUAUAGCACUAUAAAUUGCUAGAAUUCUCAAUAUCAUAUCUUUUCCAGAAUGGCAGAAAUUAAGUUAAUAAGUACAUGAAUUAAAGACAUUGUACCCAUUUUUUACGGUCUUAAAAUGAACUAGUUCUGUUUUUUUUAACGUUUUUUAAGUGGUUUGCAGUGGUCCAAAGUUAUUCCUCACUUAGCUUAUGUACUCCGAGCAUCCUAAUUAUUCACCGCAAUGAGUUUACAAGCACUUUUCACAGCUUUUGGAGGCCAGAGUGGAGCUUUGCCUUCAUGCUAAAGCCAACAACAUCUAGCAUGCUAAUGCACACUUCCUGAUUAUUGGAAAAUAUACAUUAGAUACAGACAGUACACUGCAGACCCAUUUUGAGCUCAAGAGCUGUACUGGGGCAAGACACACUUCAAAUACACGGAAAUUGUCAGUUCAAAUACAUGGAAAUUGUCAGUUAUUGACUGCUUCUGAUUAUUUUCCCCCAAGAUGCUUUGGCUUUUUUGAAUACAUAACUUAUUCAAGCCUGUGUCACGUGGAUUUGAUUUCAUUCUAACAUAUCUUGGAAUCUUGAAAGAAAAUGUCACCAAAUAAAGUACUACAAUAAUAAUCCGUUCUAUCCAGCCUAAUCCAAAGUAGUGGUUCAAAUAUAAAUUUGUCAUCGCUGUCAUCUUUUUCAUUGUGUUAGAAAAUGGACACUCUGAUAAUCUACACUGCACCAAUGUUAGCUAAAGUGCUGGAAAGUGGAAUGUGUGUUUGACCUGAAAAUGCAGUUUCCUAAAAGGUGUAGCUACACUUUUAUACAAUAACUUUUUAAAACAAAUUUUGUUGCAAUUUUAUCAUUUUCUUCUGAUGCUGACUUUUCUACUCUUAUGAGAUGGUUACGUCUUUUGUAUGACCCAUGACCUGUAGUUCUGCUCCGACAUGCUGUACCUUUACAAUUAUAAGGUUCAGUCUGAUAGUUCUGCGCAAAUUUACUUAGGGUAAGAUGUUUUCCAACCCUCCACCUAAAAUCUUAAAUGCCCUGUUAAUAUUGAGGAUAAGGGAUGUAUAGGGAUAUGUAGCAGAUGUAUAGGGAUAUAUAUCAAAAUAUUGCAGUAUUGGUUAAUGCAAUAAUCGAUUGAUUUUACAUUUUCAAAAGUAAACAAUGUAAUUGACUGUUUUUGGUCACUUGCCAGUCAUCUCAUAUUUGCCAUCGUUAUUUAAAAGCCAGUUAUUUCUUUUAUCAUGUUUGUGCAUCCCUAAUUUGUAUAAUAUUGUUUCUGAAUAACUCCUAUAAAUCAAGAGUUUUCAAAUUUUGAGAUUUUUUUGGCAUCUUAUGACCAAACCACCAUUUCGAUUUUGCAAUAUGAUUUGUUAAAACCUUAACAAAACAGCUCAGAACUCCCCAGAGUAUCAUUAGAAGCCUUUUAAGUGGCUAACAUAAAUAAUGCUUUACUAUUCCAGAUCUCAAAGUAGAAAGGUUCUCAGUCUGCCUUGAACAGGUCUGGACUUGUUCAUAUCACCAGCCUUAACUUGCCGUGGCUGUGUUCAUUCUUGUCCUGGAUGGACCCUGGGUUAGUCCUGAUGUAUACUGGGUUUAGUUCCUAUUUAGUUCAAGUGUGAGCGCAGCCUUGUACUCUCUUGACAAGCACAAGUGUGUGGGCUCUGAGGCAGUCGAGCAACCUGUACACAUGGAAAGACCUGCCGGGUACCUGCUGCUCUGCUAACUAACUUGGGAUUACUUGAAUAUGGAAUUGUGCGAGAGAAAGUCAGAUUUGAACAUGACUUGGUUGAUGGUUUCCGUUUCGUUAAACUUUUGUAAAUGUGUUUUCUACAGCUUUCUGACUGUGCUGUCUUGAAUAAAUCAUUUUGAGAGUGC